AAAUAUUUGAGGUUCUAGACUCGAGUGAGCACUGAAAUCCCUGUCUUGUGGUGCCACACAGGUGCAAUACCCACGCCAGGUGCAAGUGGUACCACUGCUGUCGUCCGCUUUGGUUUAACCCGCUGAAUGGAUUAACAUGCGGAGGAGUUUCUCCGGUGGUGGAAGUUUCUAUCGCGGCACGAUGACCCGCAACAUCGGACAGCCCAAUGACAAUGGGGUGGAGCCCGCCCCUCACAAGCGCGAGGAGCGAGCCAUGAGGGAGGCCUACAGGAAGGAGAGGAAGCUGGAGUCUUAUCUGGCAGACGACGAGAACUUCCCGUCCUUUAGGAUACAGCUCCAGAAAAUGGGGCUACAACUGCGGGACAUACCUGCCGAUGGGAACUGUUUAUUCCGUGCCCUUGGUGAUCAGCUUGAAGGUCAUUGCAGAAAUCACUUCCGUCACAGAGCAGAUGUGGUCAACUUCAUGCGCUCACACAGGACAGACUUUGAGCCGUUUGUUGAGGAUGACAUGCCAUUUGAUGAACAUGUGAAAAACUUGCAGAAACUUGGCACACACGCAGGCAAUGAUGCCAUUGUUGCCUUUGCCAAACUCCACAAUGUUAAUGUGAUAAUCCAUCAGUUGAAUGGGAAACCCUUGAUGAUCCAAGGACCCCCAGGUAGCAGUGAACUAACACACCAGCUCCACAUAGCAUACCACAAUGGUGACCACUACAGCAGUGUCCGCAAGCUGGACGACAACACAGAAUCCCCAGCCCACAUACGGUUACAGGAAUAUGCCGACAAAAAGGACUCUGGCCACAGACACAGCAGCCAUGAGUCUGGGGCAGGUUAUGUCAGUGCCAAGAGAGGUCUGGAGGACAUUGAGACUGAGGUCCUACUGGCCACCAACUGUACUGACAUGGAGAAAGUGCGCCACAGUCUACUAGAGUGUGAUUAUGAUGUUGAUGCUUCCAUAGCUUAUUUAUUACAACAGUUGGAGAUCUGUAAUGGCUCUGUGCAAGAUGACACGACGUCACUGGCCUCGCAGCAGACGUCAACCACUGACAGUGGCAUUUACAACUCUUACACCCCAGAGUCCAGCAGUCCCAACUCCAACAGUGGACGCACCAUGGGCGGCGGUGCUCUGAAGAACGGCUCGGUCAAUGGGAAAGGUCACAAAGUGCACUUUAGGGAGGACAGUUUUGGGGGCAGUUCUGGGUAUGGAUCUUUGAGCAGUAACCGUGGCGGUGGAGCCAGGCCUAAAGUAAUAUCUGUUCAACAGUCUGCUAAGAAGAUCAAGGAAACAAAGAAAAUGGAGAAGAAAAAAAGGGCUGAAGAGAGACAUAGAGAGAAAUUUAUUGUGGCUAAUGGCUACCCAUACCACCACAUCCCACAAGCCACGGAUGUAAGGGAUGUGACUGUGGUGGCAUUGCAUGAUGGGAGACUGACAAGGAUAUAAAACUGUAUCAAAAGUUAAAAACUGCUGAUUAUAAACGUAUGGUAGCAUCACAUCAUGGGAGACUGACAAGGAUAUAAAACUGUAUCAAAAGUUAAAAACAGCUGAUUAUAAACGAAUGGUAGCAUUGCAUGAUGGAAGACUGACAAGGAUAUAAAACUGUAUCAAAAGUUAAAAACAGCUGAUUAUAAAUGAAUGGUAGCAUUGCAUGAUGUGAGACUGACAAGGAUAUAAAACUGUAUCAAAAGUUAAAAACAGCUGAUUAUAAACGUAUGGUAGCAUUGCAUAAUGUGAGACUGACAAGGAUAUAAAACUGUAUCAAAAGUUAAAAACAGCUGAUUAUAAACGAAUGGUAGCAUUGCAUGAUGGAAGACUGACAAGGAUAUAAAACUAUCAAAAGUUAAAAACAGCUGAUUAUAAACGAAU